AUGUCGCAUCCGCCGCCACCACCUCCAGGCUGGGGGCCUCCCCCUCCUCCGCCGCCGCCAUCAACAUUGCCGCCUCCUCCGUCAGGACCGGCCCCUGCGGCCCCCCCUCCCCCAGGUCUCCAGCAGAGCGACCCUCACAUGGCCAAGUUUGCCCAGAAGAAGCAGGAAUGGCUUCGACACCAGCGCAAUCGAUUCGGAGAGAAGCGCAAGGGUGGCUUUGUCGAGACUCAGAAGGCAGAUAUGCCCCCUGAGCACUUGCGCAAGAUUGUUCGCGACAUUGGUGACGUGUCGCAAAGAAGAUAUACAAACGACAAGCGCAGCUACCUUGGCGCCUUGAAGUUUAUGCCACACGCUGUUUUGAAGCUUCUAGAGAACAUGCCCAUGCCUUGGGAGUCUGCACGCGAAGUCAAGGUUUUGUAUCACGUCAAUGGCUGCCUGACACUCGUGAAUGAGAUCCCUCGUGUCAUCGAGCCUGUUUUCUUUGCGCAGUGGGCGAUGAUGUGGACUUUCAUGCGUAAAGAGAAGGCUGAUCGAAGACUUUUCAAGCGCAUGCGAUUCCCGCCUUUUGAUGACGAAGAACCGCCGCUGUCUUGGUCCGAAAACAUCGAGGACGUCGAGCCUCUCGAGCCGAUCCAGAUGGAGCUGAACGAAGAUGAAGACGAAGCCAUCUACGAAUGGUUUUACGACCACCGCCCGCUGCUCGACACCCCACAUAUCAACGGACCCAGCUACAAGUCAUGGAAUAUGACAUUGCCUCAGAUGGCUGCCCUCUUUCGACUGAGCAGACCCCUCAUCUCCGACGUCAUUGACAAGAACUACUUUUAUCUCUUCGAUCUCAAAAGUCUCUUGACUGCUAAGGCUCUCAACGUGGCUCUGCCGGGUGGCCCGCGAUUCGAACCUCUAUAUAAAGAUAUCAACCCGAACGAAGAGGACUUCGGCGAGUUCAAUGCAAUCGACCGCAUCAUCUUCCGAAACCCCAUCCGAACCGAAUUUCGAGUCGCAUAUCCAUUCUUGUAUAACUCGCUCCCGCGAAGCGUGCACAUGUCAUGGCACUCGCAACCUCAGGUUGUCUUCAACCGUGCAGAUGAUCCUGACCUGCCGACUUUCCAUUUCGACCGCCGCAUCAACCCCAUUUCAUCACGUACUGUCGCGCCGAAGAAUGUCGAACUUUCACUUGAAGACGAACUUUUCGGGGCCGGAAACGAUGAAGAAGACGAAGAAGAUGGGUUCACACUCCCGGCUGGCGUUGAACCGUUCCUUGCUAAUGAAGAGCUUGACAAUGAACACACUUCAUCGGCCAUCGAGCUUUGGUGGGCUCCAUUCCCAUUCAACAGACGUUCAGGACGCAUGGUCAGAGCGCAGGACGUGCCUCUGAUCAAACAGUGGUACCUUGAGCAUCCGCCGACUGAACGGCCGCCCGUCAAGGUCCGUGUCUCGUAUCAGAAGCUGCUCAAGAACUAUGUUCUCAAUGAGCUACACAAGAAGAAGCCCAAGGCCCACAACAAUCAGAACCUGUUUCGUUCGCUUAAGCAGACCAAGUUCUUUCAGCAGACCACAAUCGACUGGGUCGAGGCUGGUCUUCAAGUUUGUCGACAGGGAUUCAAUAUGCUGAAUUUGUUGAUUCACCGCAAGAACCUCACAUACCUGCAUCUGGAUUACAAUUUCAAUCUCAAGCCUGUCAAAACCCUGACAACAAAGGAGCGAAAGAAGUCUCGAUUCGGAAACGCUUUCCAUCUCAUGCGAGAAAUUCUGAGAUUAACCAAGCUCAUUGUUGAUGCGCAAGUGCAGUACCGCCUCGGCAACAUUGAUGCCUUCCAGCUUGCUGAUGGUAUCCACUAUGCAUUCAACCACGUUGGCCAGCUGACUGGUAUGUACCGAUACAAAUAUAAGCUCAUGCAUCAGAUCCGUACUUGUAAGGAUUUGAAGCACUUGAUAUACUACCGCUUCAACUCUGGGCCCGUUGGAAAGGGUCCUGGUUGUGGUUUCUGGGCCCCAUCAUGGCGAGUGUGGCUGUUCUUCAUGAGAGGUAUUAUUCCUCUCCUCGAGAGAUGGCUUGGAAACCUGCUUUCGCGACAGUUUGAGGGUCGACAUAGCAAGGGAGUCGCCAAGACAGUUACCAAGCAGCGAGUCGAGUCUCACUUUGAUCUUGAACUCCGCGCCUCCGUCAUGUCUGAUCUGAUGGACAUGAUGCCUGAAGGUAUCAAACAGAGCAAGGUCAAUACGGUGCUGCAGCACUUAUCUGAGGCCUGGAGAUGCUGGAAGAGUAACAUUCCGUGGAAGGUUCCCGGCCUUCCUGCACCCAUCGAGAACAUUAUUCUCAGAUAUGUCAAAUCGAAGGCCGAUUGGUGGAUUUCCGUCACGCACUACAACCGUGAGCGUAUUCGGCGAGGCGCUACUGUCGACAAGACAGUGGCAAAGAAGAAUGUUGGUCGCCUGACUCGUCUCUGGCUCAAGGCCGAACAAGAGAGACAACACAACCACAUGAAGGAUGGCCCUUACGUUUCCUCUGAGGAAGCCGUUGCUAUCUACACCACGACUGUUCACUGGCUCGAGUCGAGAAAAUUUUCCCCAAUUCCCUUUCCUAGUGUCUCGUACAAACACGACACAAAAAUUCUCAUCCUCGCUUUGGAGCGUCUCAGGGAGGCGUAUUCCGUCAAAGGUCGACUCAACCAGAGCCAGCGUGAAGAGCUUGCCCUGAUCGAGCAAGCGUAUGAUAGCCCCGGUACUACACUGGAGCGCAUCAAGCGAUUCCUCCUUACUCAGCGCGCUUUCAAGGAAGUCAACAUUGAUAUGAACGACAAUUACAGCACCAUCAACCCGGUAUACGACAUUGAGCCUAUCGAGAAGAUCAGCGAUGCCUACCUUGACCAAUAUCUCUGGUACCAGGCCGACCAAAGACAUCUCUUCCCAGCCUGGAUCAAGCCCUCCGACUCUGAAGUGCCCCCUCUGCUGGUUUACAAGUGGGCCCAGGGUAUCAACAACCUCAGCGGCGUAUGGGAGACCGAGAAUGGUGAAUGCAAUGUCAUGAUCGAGACAGAGCUGUCCAAAGUUUAUGAGAAGAUGGAGCUGACGCUGCUUAACUCCCUACUGCGACUUAUAAUGGAUCACAAUCUGGCUGACUACAUCACCUCCAAGAACAACGUUCAACUGACUUACAAAGACAUGAACCAUGUCAACAGCUACGGUAUGAUCCGUGGUCUGCAGUUUUCUGCCUUUGUCUUCCAAUACUACGGCCUGGUUCUCGAUCUGCUGCUGCUCGGUCCUCAACGUGCGAGUGAAAUUGCUGGACCUCCCCAGAGCCCCAACGAUUUCCUCCAGUUCCGCGAUCGCGAGACCGAAACUAGACACCCCAUUCGCCUGUACAGCAGAUAUAUUGAUAAGAUCUGGGUCUUCCUCCGAUUUACCGCCGAAGAAUCUCGAGACCUCAUCCAGCGCUUUUUGACAGAGCAGCCCGAUCCCAACUUUGAGAACGUCAUUGGCUACAAGAGCAAAAAAUGCUGGCCUCGCGACUCGCGUAUGCGCUUGAUGCGCCACGAUGUCAACCUUGGCCGCGCCGUAUUUUGGGAUCUCAAGAACAGACUGCCUCGCUCAGUGACUACAAUUGACUGGGAUGAUAGCUUCGCUAGUGUCUAUAGCAGAGACAACCCUAACUUGCUAUUCUCCAUGAGCGGUUUCGAAGUCCGCAUUCUGCCAAAGAUUCGGAAUCAGAAUGAGGAGUUCCCUGUCAAAGAUAGUGUUUGGUCACUUGUCGACAACACCACCAAGGAGCGCACGGCGCAUGCUUUCUUGCAAGUGACGGAAGACGACAUCGCCAAGUUCAACAACCGAAUCCGCCAGAUUCUGAUGUCUUCUGGAUCGACAACUUUUACCAAAAUCGCGAACAAGUGGAACACUGCACUCAUUGCUCUUUUCACAUACUAUCGUGAGGCUGCUGUCUCGACAGUGGAACUGCUCGAUACCAUUGUCAAGUGCGAAACCAAGAUCCAGACUCGUGUCAAGAUCGGUCUCAAUUCCAAGAUGCCCUCUCGUUUCCCCCCUGCUGUCUUCUAUACUCCUAAGGAGCUGGGUGGUCUUGGCAUGAUCUCCGGCUCUCACAUUCUCAUACCUGCCAGUGACAAGCGCUGGUACAAGCAGACUGAUACUGGAACCACUCACUUCCGAGCUGGUAUGACGCAUGACGAGGAGACUCUUAUACCCAACAUUUUCCGUUACAUUAUUCCGUGGGAAGCAGAAUUCAUUGACUCGCAGCGUGUCUGGACUGAAUACUCCCAGAAACGCCUCGAAGCAAAUCAGCAGAACCGUCGUCUCACUUUGGAAGAUCUCGAGGACAGCUGGGACCGCGGUCUGCCUCGUAUCAACACGCUCUUCCAAAAAGAUCGCAGUACACUGAGCUUCGACAAGGGAUUCCGCGCUCGCGCUGAGUUCAAGAUUUAUCAGUUAAUGAAGAGCAACCCAUUCUGGUGGACUAGCCAGCGUCAUGACGGAAAGUUGUGGAACCUGAAUGCCUACCGAACUGAUGUUAUUCAGGCACUUGGUGGUGUCGAGACUAUCCUGGAGCACACUCUCUUCAAAGCUACAGGCUUCGCGUCCUGGGAAGGUCUCUUCUGGGAGAAGGCAUGUCUCGCCAAUGGAACCAUGCUCCUGCGCCAUGAUCAUACUCAAGUUGCUGUUGAGGCCGUUAAGGAGGGCGAUCUGCUUCUGGGACCUGACGGAGGCCCCAGACGCGCAUUCAACAUUGUCAGCGGCAAGGAUCGACUGUACCGCAUUAAGAUUGAAAACCAAAAGGAAGAUCUUGUCGUUACUACCAACCAUAUUCUUGUCUUCCACAAGGAGACCGCAACCGCCAGCUACGACACUCACGAGAUGACAGCUGCUGAAUACGCUGCAAUGGAGUCUGCAGAGAGAGCCAAGUACCUGCUAUUCUCGACACCGCGCACAACAGCCACAGAGGGUACUAUCCCACACACGGAUAGAUUCGUCGUGGACGACAUCGUCCUUGAGUCUGAGCCGACGGAAUGGGCCGGAUUCCGUGUGGAUGGAGACCAACUCUAUCUGCGCCAUGAUUACCUUGUGCUCCACAACAGUGGUUUCGAAGAGUCGAUGAAGUUCAAGAAGCUGACCAACGCCCAGCGAUCCGGUUUGAACCAAAUUCCCAACCGUCGCUUCACCUUGUGGUGGUCGCCAACUAUCAACAGAGCCAACGUCUAUGUUGGUUUCCAGGUCCAGCUUGAUUUGACCGGCAUCUUCCUUCACGGAAAAAUCCCAACGCUGAAGAUCUCUCUGAUCCAGAUUUUCCGUGCCCAUUUGUGGCAGAAGAUUCACGAGUCUGUGGUCAUGGACAUGUGUCAAGUCUUUGACCAGGAGCUGGAAGCUCUAGGCAUUGAAACUGUUCAGAAAGAGACCAUCCAUCCCAGAAAGUCUUACAAGAUGAACAGCUCAUGCGCUGAUAUUCUGCUCUUCGCAAGCCACAAGUGGAAUGUCACUCGCCCAUCGCAUCUCAAUGACACAAAGGAUGUGAUCGAGCCGACCACCACGAACAAGUUCUGGAUUGAUAUUCAGCUUCGCUAUGGUGAUUAUGACUCUCACGACAUUGACCGUUAUACGAGAGCCAAGUAUCUCGAUUACACAACCGACAGUGCCAGUAUCUACCCGUCUGCCACAGGUCUGAUGAUUGGUAUUGAUUUGGCCUACAACAUGUACUCGGCCUACGGAAUGUUCUUCCCCGGUCUCAAGGUUCUUGUUCAGCAGGCCAUGGCCAAGGUCAUGAAGGCAAACCCUGCUCUCUACGUUUUGCGUGAACGUAUCCGCAAGGGUCUUCAGCUGUACGCCUCCGAGAGCAAUCAAGAAUUUCUCAACUCUCAGAACUACUCUGAACUUUUCAGUCAAAAGACGCAGCUGUUCAUCGAUGAUACCAACGUUUACCGUGUUACGAUCCACAAGACCUUCGAAGGUAACUUGACAACAAAACCUAUCAAUGGUGCCAUUUUCAUCUUCAACCCUCGUACCGGCCAAUUGUUCCUGAAGAUUAUCCACACCAGCGUCUGGGCAGGACAAAAGCGUCUUGGCCAGCUUGCCAAGUGGAAGACUGCGGAAGAAGUUGCAGCGCUCAUCCGAUCACUGCCCGUCGAAGAGCAGCCGAAGCAACUCAUUGUCACUCGCAAAGGUCUCCUUGAUCCUCUCGAAGUGCAGUUGGUCGACUUCCCCAACAUUUCCAUCCGUGCGUCUGAGCUGCAGCUUCCUUUCCAGGCUGCUAUGAAGGUUGAGAAGCUUGGUGACAUGAUCCUGCGGGCCACAGAGCCUCAGAUGGUUCUUUUCAACCUCUAUGACGAAUGGCUCAAGAGUAUCUCGUCUUUCACCGCAUUCUCGCGUCUCGUGCUCAUCCUGCGGGCUCUGCAUGUCAACCCUGACAAGACGAAGCUCAUCCUCCGCCCCGACAAGACCAUCAUCACUCUGGAGCAUCACAUCUGGCCAUCGCUGACAGAUGAGGAGUGGAUCAAGGUUGAGACUCAAUUGCGUGAUCUUAUUCUGAAUGAUUACGGUAAAAAGAACAACGUCAACGUCUCCAGUUUGACGAGCAGUGAAGUACGAGAUAUCAUCUUGGGUAUGGAAAUUUCUGCGCCCUCCAUGCAGAGACAACAAGCCGCCGAAAUUGAGAAGCAGCAGCAAGAACAGGCUCAGCUCACGGCCGUCACCACCAAGACGCAAAACAUCCACGGCGAAGACCUCAUUGUCACAACGACAUCGCAGUUCGAGCAGCAGACAUUUGCCUCCAAGACGGAGUGGCGUACACGUGCCAUUGCUACGUCGAACCUGCGCACGCGCGCGAAGAACAUUUACGUUUCUUCAGUCGACAAUGACCUUGACGACGUCACUUACGUGAUGCCGAACAACAUCCUGAAGAAGUUCAUCACCAUUGCCGAUCUGCGUGUGCAAGUUGCUGGUUACCUGUACGGCGCCUCUGCGCCGGACAAUGACCAGGUAAAGGAAAUCAAGUGCAUUGUCAUGAUGCCACAGGUCGGCGGCCUCCGCAACGUUCAGCUGCCACAGCAACUGCCUCAGAGCGACUUUCUCGAGGGCAUGGAGCCUCUCGGCGUCAUCCACACCGCGUCCGGCAGCGAGCUGCCCUACAUGGCGGCCGCCGACGUCACAGAGCACUCGAAGCUUCUAGAUGCGCACAGCGAGUGGGACAAGACCAACACCGUCACGGUGUCGGUCGCCUUUACGCCCGGCAGCGUGUCGCUGUCGGCCUGGGGUCUCACGCCGCAGGGCUACCAAUGGGGCGCCGAAAACAGGGACCUGCAGAGCGACCAGCCGCAGGGCUUCGCGACGACCAUGGGCGAGAAGCGCAAGCUGCUGCUGAGCCCACGCUUCCGCGGCUUCUUCCUCGUGCCCGACGGUGGCCGCUGGAACUACAGCUUCAUGGGCAGCGCCUUUGCUGGCAUGGAGAAGAAGAGCGUUCACGUCAAGCUCGACACGCCCCUGCCGUUCUACAGCGACCAGCACCGGCCUGUCCACUUCCACAGCUUUGCUGAGCUCGAGGACAUUGGCGUCGAUCGUUCAGACAACUUUGCAUAA